AUGAGCCGACAUUCAAAUUACUUUGAUAGAUUUUAGUAGAAGUGUUUUCUCAUGUGAUUUAUGUUAUCACUCUUGUGAUUACCAACUAUUAUCAACAUAAAACUGUUAUUACGCCCAUAUUAAACAACAAUGACGGUUUCACUAGAUACGGUGAUAUAUCUCGUGUUUGUUGCCAUAUUAUGGGGUGCGACAAAUCCCCUGAUCAAGAAGGGUUCUCAAGGAAUAGAAAGUGUUAAGGAUCCCUCACCAUGGAGACAGACAUCCAAAGAAAUAGUUUAUUUGUUUACAAAUCUGAGGUACGUGAUACCGUUUAUCCUUAAUCAAUGUGGGUCUUUGCUGUAUUUUUUUGCUCUGCAAAAUGCAGAUCUGUCUUUGGCAGUUCCAGUAACUAAUUCCCUUACAUUUGUAUUCACUGGAAUUACAGGGUGGAUCUUGGGAGAAGAAAGAGUUCAUAAAAACACAUAUUUUGGUAUGAUAAUGAUUCUUUGUGGAUCAACUUUAUGUUGCCUCGACAAAGUAGGCAUGACCAACGAUCGCGAUUUAUAGUGAUAAUCCUGGACGAGGGUGAUUUUCGUUUUUCUACACAGCC